AUGGAGUCGUUUUCAUGGCUGUAUCUCCUCUUCUUGUUAUGCACUUCUCAAUUUAUCUGCUUAUCCUCAUUUAAUUCUUCUUCUUCUUCAGGUCAUUUGUGUCAUCUUGAUGAUAGUUCUGCUUUGCUUCAAUUCAAGAACUCAUUCUCUAUUGAUACCUCUGGUUCUGAUUCUGUUGAAGCUUUUUUUGUUUAUGGAAUCACUCCUUAUCCUAAAACUGUCUAUUGGGAUAAGGGCAAGGACUGUUGCACAUGGAGUGGCGUCACUUGUGAAAGAAUAAUGACGGGGCACGUGAUAGGCCUCAACCUUGGGUACAGUGGGCUUCAAGGCAACAUUCAUCACAACAGCAGUCUUUUCUCCCUUCGUCAUCUCCGGAGGCUAGACCUCUCUAACAACAAUUUCAGAGGUUCCCCAGUUUCAUCCAACUUUGGCGGGUUUGUAAGUAUGACUCACCUUGACCUUUCCAACUCCAACUUCACUGGUCAAAUCCCUUUUGAAAUCUCCUACCUUUCCAAAUUGGUUUCACUUAAUCUCUCUUCUGAGACUCAAGUGAGCCUAGGGACAGUUAGUUUGAAAAGAAUUGCCCAAAACCUAACCAAGCUUAAGGAGCUAUGUCUGGACAGUGUUAACAUAUCUUCAGUUGUACUUGAUUCAUUCAUGAAUUUGCCUUCUUCUUUGACAUCUCUUAGACUCUUUGAUUCUAGUUUGAAAGGGAAAUUCCCAGAGAAAAUUUUCCGCCUACCAAACCUCCAUGAACUUGAUUUAAGAUACAACUAUGAGCUCAAUGGUUCUUUCCCAAAAUCUAAUUGGAGCAGUCCACUCAAGUUCUUGGGACUCUCUUGGACUAGAAUCUCAAUAGAUUUACCGAAUCUGAGUACAACUUUGAAGUGCUUGAGUGUUUUGUAUCUUGAGCAUUGCAAUUUUGUAGGAGCAUACCCUACAUUGCUUGGUAAUCUUACACAAAUCACGGAGUCGGACCUCUCAGAUAAUGGUUUUGGUGGCCAGAUCCCAUGGUCGCUUUUAAACAUGGAGAGUCGCAUUUCCUUAGAUCUUUCAAACAACAAUUUUUUGGGUCAACUUCCAGAUCUUCAUAGUAUAGAACAAGUAUUUCCGUGGAAAAACUUACAAGUUCUUGACCUCCGCACCAAUUUGCUCCAAGGACAACUUCCUAUUCCACCACCUUCUACAUUUGUCUUCUUGGUAUCACACAAUCAGUUGACGGGAGGGAUUCCUUCAAAGAUUUGCAACCUCAGUUCCCUUGUAGUCCUUGAUUUGUCUAAUAACAACAUGAGCGGCGAAAUUUCUCCAUGUAUAGGAAAUUUGACCAGUCACAACCUCUCAGUUGUGGAUUUACAUAUAAAUAAAUUUCUUGGAGUGAUCCCUUCAACAUUCACAAAGGAUAGCAUCUUGAGGAAUCUUGACCUUAAUGGAAAUAAGUUGGAAGGGCCAUUGCCGCGAACUCUGUUGAAUUGUAGAAAGUUGGAAGUGCUCGACCUAGGAAACAACGAGAUAAACGACACCUUCCCCAACUGGUUGGAAUCCCUUCCAAUGUUACAGGUUCUUAUCUUGAGAUCUAACAAAUUUCAUGGUCCUAUAAUCAGUCAAAAAACUAGAUUUCCAUUCCGAAUGUUGCGAAUUAUGGACCUCUCCCACAAUCAGUUUAGUGGUCUUUUGCCAAGGAAAUAUUUUGAGAACUUGAUGGGUAUGAUACAUGUACGAGAUAAUGGAUUGAAAUACAUGGAUCAUGGCUAUUAUCAGGACACUGUGAUGGUAGUGAUAAAAGGUUCCUACUUUCAGUUGGAAAAAAUCUUAGUCAUGUUCACAACCAUUGAUUUCUCAAACAAUAUUUUCGUAGGAGACAUUCCAACGGUGAUUGGUAAGCUCAAAUCAUUGAAAGGGCUUAACUUUUCUCACAAUCAGCUUACAGGUUAUAUUCCACGCUCUUUUGGUAAUUUGACUAAUCUUGAAUGGCUAGACAUCUCCACAAACAGGCUUGUUGGUGAGAUUCCUAGAGAAUUGGCAGAUUUGGCAAUGCUUUCAAAAUUAAACCUUUCAGAAAACCGACUUGUGGGGUCCAUACCCAAUGGCAAGCAAUUUGAUACAUUUGAGAACGAUUCAUACAAUGGAAAUUUGGGGUUGUGUGGACUUCCACUUUCCAGAACUUGCAUCAAUGCUGUGGUAUAUCCACUGCCAUCAUCAUCCUUUCAGCAAGAAGAUGAUUUGGAGGAUGUGAAUGGAUUUCAUUGGAAAGUAGUAUGGAUGGGGUAUGGGAUUGGAAUGGUAAUUGGAAUAUCUACGGGAUAUCUCGUACUCUCAACUGGAAAACUUGAUUGUGCUGUGAAAGUGAUUGGAAGAGAUUUACGAAGUAAAAUGAUGAAAAAACCAAAGCAGAGUCUUCACGUGCACAAAGUUAGAAGUAGCAAUGAAUGA